ACGUCACGAGCUGCUACACCGCGCUCGCUCUCACAGAUCCGAGAAUUGGUCAGAUGGAGCAAAGGCACUCAGCGCAGCUCGGUACACAAGGACAACAAUGGGACCAGUAUGCAAACAGCAUGGAUUCUACUGGAAAUUUUACACAGGACCAGAGAUCUCCAAUGGGAGAGAAACCCUUCAAGUGCACUGUGUGUGGGAAGGCAUUUUCAGAUUCAUAUGCUCUUAAAACACACCAGAGAACUCACACAGGAGAGAAACUCUUCAAGUGCACUGUGUGUGGGAAGGCAAUUUCAAGUUCAUUUAAUCUUAAAAAACACCAGAGAACACACACAGGAGAGAAACCCUUCAAGUGCACUGUGUGUGGGAAGGCAUUUUCAGAUUCAUCUGCUAUUAAAAAACACCAGAGAACUCACACAGGAGAAAAACCCUUCAAGUGCACUUUGUGUGGGAAGGCAUUUUCAAGUUCAUUUCAUCUUAAAAGACACCAGAGAAUACACACAGGAGAUAAACCCUUCAAGUGCAGUGUGUGUGAGAUGGCAUUUUCACAGUCAUCUAAUCUUAAAAUCCACCAGAAAACACACACAGGAGAGAAACCCUUUAAGUGCAGUGUGUGUGAGAUGGCAUUUUUACACUCAGCAAAUCUUAAAAAGCACCAGAGAACGCACACAGGAGAGAAACCCUUUAAGUGCAGUGUGUGUGGGAAGGCAUUUUCAAGUUCAUAUUAUGUUAAAAUACAUCAGAGAACACACACAGGAGAGAAACCCUUCAAGUGCACUGUGUGUGGGAAGGCAUUUUCAAGUUCAUUUUAUCUUAAAAAACACCAGAGUACGCACAAAGUAGAGAACCCCUUCAAGUGCGGUGUGUGUGAGAUGGCAUUUUCACAUUCAUCAAAUCUUAAAAUACAUCAGAGAACACACACCGGAGAGAACCCCUUCAAGUGCACUGUGUGUGGGAAGGCAUUUUCAAGUUUAUAUUAUCUUAAAAUCCACCAGAGUACGCACAAAGUAGAGAACCCCUUCAAGUGCAGUGUGUGUGAGAUGGCAUUUUCACAUUCAUCAAAUCUUAAAAUACACCAGAGAACACACACAGGAGAGAACCGCUUCAAGUGCAGUGUGUGUGAGAAGGCAUUUUCACAUUCAUCAAAUCUUAAAAUACACCAGAGAACACACACAGGAGAGAACCGCUUCAAGUGCAGUGUGUGUGAGAAGGCAUUUUCAAGUUCAUUUUAUCUUAAAAUACACCAGAGAACACACACAGGAGAGAAACCCUUCAAGUGCAGUGUUUGUUGUAAGGCAUUUUCAAGUUCAUUUUAUCUUAAAAUGCACCAGAGAACGCACACAGGAGAGAAACCCUUUACGUGCAGUGUGUGUGGGAAGGCAUUUUCCAGUUCGUCUUAUCUUAAAAUACACCAGAGAAUACACACAGGAGAGAAACCCUUUAAGUGCACUGUGUGUGGGAAGGGAACUUACUGCAGCCCGAGAGAUAGAGUGACGAGCAACGACGAGCAAUCACCCGGGAGAAAGGGUGGAAGCCCAAUCAUCGACCAAGCCAGCAUCGCAGAGAACCAGCUGCACGCGCAACCAGGCAUCGCCAGAGAGCACGGAGCCGGAGAGAGAGCGCAGCAGCGCCACCGAGCACGGGUGUCAGCUGCCAGCGGACGAGCGGCGAGCGCUGUCGAGCACCUUCAAAGACAGGCAUCGCUGCCGCGUGACGUCACGAGCUGCUACACCGCGCUCGCUCUCACAGAUCCGAGAAUUGGUCUGAUGGAGCAAAGGCACUCAGCGCGGCUCGGUAGACAAAGACAACAAUGGGACCAGUAUGCAAACAGCAUGGAUUCUACUGGAAAUUUUACACAGGACCAGAAAUCUCCAACGGGAGAGAAACCCUUCAAGUGCACUGUGUGUGGGAAGGCAUUUUCAAGUUCAUUUUAUCUUAAAAUACACCAGAGAACACACACAGGAGAGAAACCCUUCAAGUGCACUGUGUGUGAGAAGCCAUUUUCAAGUUCAUUUUAUCUUAAAAUACACCAGAGAACACACACAGGAGAGAAACCCUUCAAGUGCACUCUGUGCGAGAUGGCAUUUUCACAGUCAUCUAAUCUUACAAUCCAUCAGAGAACGCACCAAGGCGAGAACCCCUUCAAGUGCAGUGUGUGUGUGAAGGCAUUUUCAAGUUCAUAUUAUCUUAAAAUACACCUGAGAACACACACAGGAGAGAAACCCUUCAAGUGCAGUGUGUGUGGGAAGGCAUUUUCAAGUUCAUUUUAUCUUAAAAAACACCAGAGAACACACACAGGAGAGAAACCCUUCAAGUGCAGUGUGUGUGAGAUGGGAUUUUCACAGUCAUCUAAUCUUACAAUCCACCAGAGAAUGCACAAAGGAGAGAACCCCUUCAAGUGCAAUGUGUGUGAGAUGGCAUUUUCACAUUCAUCAAAUCUUAAAAUGCACCAGAGAACGCACACAGGAGAGAAACCCUUUACGUGCAGUGUGUGUGGGAAGGCAUUUUCAAGUUUGUCUUAUCUUAAAAUACACCAUAGAAUACACACAGGAGAGAAACCCUGCAAGUGCAGUGUGUGUGAGAAGGCAUUUUCAAGUCCAUCUAAUCUUCAAAUGCACAUGAGAAAGCACAAAGGAGAGAACCCCUUCAAGUGCAGUGUGUGUGAGAUGACAUUUUCAUAUUCAUCAAAUCUUAAAAUGCACCAGAGAACGCACACAGGAGAGAAACCCUUUAAGUGCAGUGUGUGUGGGAAGGCAUUUUCAACUUCGUCUUAUCUUAAAAUCCACCAGAGAAUACACACAGGAGAGAAACCCUUCAAGUGCACUCUGUGCGGGAAGGCGUUUGCACAGUCAACACAGCUUAAUACACACCAGAGAACACACAGGCAUCAGAAGAUCCCCAAGGAGUGUAGUCUGAAAUCGACUUGUGAAAGUCAAAGUGCUGCAAUGAGCCCAUCCCUCCUGAAAAAAGAACCAGAAGUAAAUUCCAGCUUGGACACUAUGAAAUGUAUCAAGGUGAAAUUUGAAGAGGCGACAGUGACCAGCGAAGAAGUGACAGUGAAGAGCGAAGAAGUGAAGGUAAAAUGUGAAGAUGAACAUUCAACUCCAAAAUCGGACCUUCACGUCAAUGGAGGCAACGUGAAACAGGAGGAGAAUUCUGACUGUGAGGCAGAGCAAGGCAACUCCAAGCAGUUUGUGGAAGUGGAGGUGUGGGUGGACUUCUUAGACAAUACAAAUUCAAAUGGAGAACCUGUAGAUGUGUAAGCUUGAGACAAUGAAGCUCCAAUAGAUUCACAUUUGUCACAGGCCUUUAAUGAAAAGAACGUGAAGUUGAACACUCCAUUCCUAGGUUCAACCUGCAGCGGUCAGUAUUUGCGGACCUGUGGGUUGGGUAGAUCUCUAACUAGGAGCGAGAGCCAAUAAGCUCCCAAGCAUUCACUAUGUUAUAAUAAUAUUAGCAUUUAUAUGGUGCUUGCUUAAUCGCCUCAGCAACUCGGAGUUUUGUAUCAUCUCAUCACAAAUACUCGAAGAGCACGCCUUUUGGCGUCCUCUGGAUUAACACCGUUUGAUACUAGGCUCUAAAGAAAGCUAUCUCUGGUGUGGACCAAUCAGUUUCAAAGACAAUGCAUAUGUUGUGUCCUAUGACUAACCACACGGUGAUCCGAGGGGAGAGAAAUUCACGUAAAGACAGAGACACGACCCAUACAUCGAGACUACUGCGAGUUACAGAAGACUACAAGUGACAAAGAGUACUGCGACGGGCAGACUCCGGGGCAUGGCCUCGAGAUCAACAAUGGGUGUUGUAUCUCGCAGAGAAGAGGGGCGAGGUGAUGCUCGGUGCUGAGUUCGGCAUGGACCGACAGAGUAUCGCUGAGAGUUUUAUUCUACAUUCAUCCUGAUGUUUUCAGUUGCUUUCAAAGUCAAGGAUUGCGAUAAGUUGUAUUGUACUAAGCUUUCACAGUUGUUCAAGAGGUGUGUGAAUACAAUUUACAAGUUUUGAGAGUGAGUUCCAGCUCCCAUGAGCAGCUGCGAUCGGCAGGCUCCGGGGAACCUGCCCCCGUGACUGGCACAUCGUCAACGAGCUGCACCAGCAGAAGCCACGAGUCUACGAAAUCAACGCAAAGAGUUGACUUACUGCAAGCGGCAAGCUCUGGGGUGGGACUCUGCAAUCAACCAAGGAUGAAGAGGCUUGCCGAGUAGCAAUUGGUCACCGAAUACGAGCUCGGCGCUGACGGAAGAAGUAUCGCUCAAAGUUAUUCUACAUUGAGUGCCAGCUCCCACGAGCAGCUGCAGACCGAGAGAUAGAGUGACGAGCAACGACGAGCAAUCACCCGGAGAAAGGGUGGAAGCCCAAUCAUCGACCAAGCCAGCAUCGCAGAGAACCAGCUGCACGCGCAACCAGGCAUCGCCAGAGAGCACGGAGCCGGAGAGAGAUCGCAGCAGCGCCACCGAGCACUGGUGUCAGCUGCCAGCGGACGAGCGACGAGGGCUGUCAAGCACCUUCAAAGACAAGCAUCGUGUCGACUCAGCUCAUCCAGCAGGGGAAAAAUCCUGACGAGCCGCCCGUGAGGAAGAGGAGAGCGCCGUGGGUUCGACCCACACGCACCGACCAGCACCAGCUGUGAACCAAGACAAGAGUGAGGAACGGCAACCAGCAGACGAGCUGCGGGCGCUAUCUGACGACGGAAUUAUCGCGCACCGCCGACGGCGAGCAUCGUGCCGACUCUUCAUCCAGCAGUGGGUAGCAGCUCCAGCUGCCGCCGAGCGAGAGAGAGCGAGGAAGCUGUGUGUAUGACCCUCCCCCACACUCACAUACUCACCAUGUAUCACCCAGCGUCUGCUUGACGCGAAGAAUUGAUCAAGGAGACAAAACCACCAAACACACACCGCACAUACCGGGACUAAUAAUAAGAAGAAGAAUGAUAAGAGUGCGUCAACUAUUAGCUGAUAAUGAAGAACAUUGCUGCCCAUUGAGUCACAUGGAUACGGUCGUUGAGAAGUAUUAGUCGUUCUUUUUAUUAAUUUUAACUGUACCGAUUAAUUCAUUGACGAAACUAAACGUUUAGAAACCUACGUUACGAAUCCACACACUCACAGGGAGACUUGUGUGUAAAUCUUUCUUUUGAUCACAGAAUCUUGCCCGCGAAUUUAUUGAAGCCUUAGCCAAUUGAUAAGCAUUUUCUGAAGCAGACACACUGCCGCACACCAUUUUUCAAAGACGUUUAGUUAAUUACAUAAUCUACCAAUGAAUUCAUUGAGGUCUACUUUUGCAUUCGGGACAUGUUUCUUUAUUGCCGUUCGUAUGAAUAUUGUCACAUUAUUUUUAAGGACUUUUUCCUAUGCUCGCGUUACUCUGAGGAAUUAACCGAUUGCUCUGUUACCCAGUUUAACAACGUAAUCAUUGAGGGUUAAAUGUACGGAUCAAUGAGGAGCACAUCUCCAGGAGUACUGUGUUGACAAUUCCAAGCAUAAUAGUUCGCAUAUUAGAGUGUUAUGUUUUUGUUUAGAAUUUAAAGUUGCUUAACACAGAAGUGUGUGAGUCGUUCCUUCUUAAGUUCAUGCAUAAUGACCUUAAUUAUAAGAACUGUAUCCUUUGGCGAGAUCUGGAUUCUGAGACCUGGUAGAAUUACACUA